UUGAGCAGGGUGAAAGCGCGUGCACACCGCUUUAAAGCCAUACGGCUGACAUCUCGGCUGCCCGUGGACACCACGAGAUAAAAACGUGAGCAAAGCAAUGUCGGGAUUAAGAGCAUUGCGCAUGUUCGUUUGCUAUAACAGUUAGACAGGUGAGCACGCGCCAGGUUGCGUCAUCUUUCUCUCCGUGAUGGGACUGCAGGUUCUGCUGUUCUGGCCCAAUGUUAUCGGGUACGUCAGGAUUGGCCUUGUGCUGGCUGCCUGGGCUGCGUAUGAGACACCAGCAGUCUUCGUUUGUCUUUACUCGCUGUCCAUCGCUCUCGAUGGACACAAGCACUCUGUAACCUGUGAUGAUGCUCACUGUGCAGGAGUGGAUGGCUGGUUAGCGAGGAGGCUGGGCCAGAGCUCCAGGUUUGGAGCCUGGCUGGAUGUCGUGGUGGACAACCUGGGCAGAGGCAUGCUGUGGAGCCGGCUGUUCGAGUGGGGUUGGCUGGUGUCUGCUCUGGAGUGGUGUGUGUUUGUGUGUAACCACAGUGCCAGAGGAGACCAGUGGAAGACCAGUUUCAUCAGCAGCCCUCGAUUCAUACAAGCCGUCAUGGCAAACGGGUUUCGGACCCCUCUUGGCAGCUGGGUGGUGAGUGGGCUGCACUGCCUCCCCCUGUGGCUGUAUGGGUACCAGUGGGAUCUGCUGUCUCACUGGCUGUCCCUGCCUCCCUGGGUCCAGGCUGUGGGGACCCUGCUGCUGGCUGCAGGCCGCCUGCUGGCUCUCUCUGUGGAGAUAUGGUGCAUAUGGACACACAUUGAAUACCUCACCAGUGAUGAGACAGAAGAGAAGAAGAACUGAAAACCACUCAGCACAGUGAGCUUAUACUGAACAGUCUACGCUGGAAUAUUGCUGACAUUAUUCCACCACCUGAACGCCAUCUUCGUUUAAGCCUUUAACACCUGCAUGGACAUCAGUUUCCUUGUGCUGUGUUCAGAUGCCUUUCACAAGCAUUUUCUCUGAAACCUGACAAAA